CACUCUAUAAAGUCGCUCCAAUGCAUUACACUUUUAUAAUAAAGUGCUGCACAAAGACAGGCAGACUGAGCAGAGGCAGCUGGACCAGUGAUCGCCCUAAGGUGGAAUUGUGCUGUUUGUUAUUGCUAAAGUAACGCCUGGGGUCACAUACACACAAGGAAGUAGGUUCCCAAGCCAGAGACACAAGGCAGCGCUAUGAGGCAGUGAGAGAACAGCCGGAUCCCUAACUCACCCCUCUAACGUGGCACAGAAAGUGCAGCCAUAAGAUCCCUGUUGUUGUGCUGCUGGGGGGCUUUACGGAAAGUCUGGAGUUCGGAAUGGCAACGCUAUGGGGAACAGAAGAGCUGUAAGAAACGGACUUGCGCUUCCUAGUGCCGGGAUUUCGCUGCAGCCCGGGAACGAUCCUGGAGAAGUUGGGAAGGGAAGAUACCGGGACGGGCAGAGGGUAAAGGGAAGGUGAGUGACCGGGCCGGAGCUGUGCGGCAGGACAAACGGUGAUACCCUCCUAGCAAGCAGUAUGAAGUUGAAUGAAAGGAGUAUGGCUCAUUAUGCGACCUCUGGCUCCCCAGCAGACUGCACUGGAUAUCUGUAUAAAAGAGGAGUAAAGCACACUGCCUACCAGAAACGUUGGUUUGUUCUAAAGGGCAACCUCUUGUUUUAUUUUGAGGAACAGGGUAAUAAGGAACCUGUUGGAGUGGUGGUGCUUGAAGGAUGUGCCAUAGAACUAUGCCAUUCUAACGAAGAACAUGCCUUUUGUGUCAGAUUUGAUGGUCCUGGAUCUCGAUCUUAUAUAUUGGCAGCAGAAACCCAAGAAGAGAUGGAGUGCUGGGUGAAGGCAUUGUCCAGGGCUAGCUUUGAUUAUAUGAGGCUGGUUGUGAGGGAACUCGAAAGGCAGCUAGAGCUUAUGCAAAAGACCAGCAUUCGAAGGAAACCUGGGCGUCACAGGGGUAGAUCACGGGCUGUUUCCAGGACUAAGUGGGAAAACUCCCGACCCCCUGAGUUGUGCAAUGGUUUCCUCCAUCCUGAAGACACAAACUUGGAGACUCAUACCAGGGUCAGUGGCAGUUCCAUACCUCCACCUUUACCACCACCUUUGCCACCUCGUAGACGUGGUGCAGCCUGGGUUAAUGGAGCUUCUUCAGCCUCUAUGCCUGUGUCUCCUGUGUCUGUAGAAAGCCCAGUAUGUCCUGGUACAUUUUGUUUUUCCAAGUUACAUGAAUGGUAUGGGAAGGAAGUUGAGGAGCUUCGAAAAGCAUGGCAGAAAGAACAAAGAAGCGAGAGUGACUAACUGAAAUGCAUAUAAGUUCUAAAGACUUGGGAUCUGAUAGUGUGUAACAGAAAAUGCCAGAAAAUGCCAAAUGCUAAAAUCUAUGCAAAAUUUAUAGGUCUUGAGCUCUUCAUUAAGGUAAAUGUACUGUACACACAUUAUGGCCACUUGAGAGAAAUGAAAAUAAGUGUCUUGAAGUUCAUGUACCAUCAUGCACCAAAAAAGUGCUGCCUUAGUCUACUAUUGCUAUUAGCAAAAGCUAGGGUGCAACAGCACAACCCCUUAGGACUGGGGUGUAUUUAUCAAAUGCAAAAUGAAUGAGUAUUGACAGCUGUUGUACAAACCCAGCUAACACUUUUAUUAAGCAAAUAAAGAAAAUAAUAGGGAUUGACAGAAGCAAUGAUGUGCCUUUCAACUCACACACUUGCUUUAAGUCAAGGCCAUUGCUGUAAUCUUACCCCUGUCCUGACAUUUCAGAUGAGAUUAUAAUUACUAAUUCUCAACAAAUAUAUAAUAAUGCUUUGCACUAUAAUAUAUACCAAAAGCAUAGCUUUCUCAAAAGGGGCAAAUAGGCUCUAAUUUAUUCUGUCACCUAAGAAGUAAAGUAUUGUCUUGCUCCUAUUUAAUGCCAGAAAUAAGGGGCAAUCUAUAAACACGCCAAUGUCUUAAAUCCAGCCAAGCACAAGGUACAGGGGAUGAGGCAAAUUAUGGGAGUGCUCAGAAGGGGGACCUAUGCAGGUGGGCUACUUAUAAAAAAGAGGUAAGUGGGGUUUGUUCCCCUUUAAUCUGAAAUUUAUUGACAUGAGUGAUUCUCUCCCUCUUCCUUUUUGCUGCUACUUAAUAAAACCCAAAGGGCCAGAUUCACUUCCAUUAGAAAAAAAUAUUUUAUGGUUUAUCACGUGAAAACUUAUUGGUGAGAUUCAAUUUAGGAGAAAAAACUUUUCUCCCAAUUUACGUCCACUUUUCCCCAUAGACUUAAUAGAGUUUUCAUGAGCUAAACAGUGAGAUACGUUUUUCUCAUUGAAUUGCUUCUGGCAAGGUACCUUUCAUUUUUUUCCUUAUUUGUGUCCAUGAUAUUUCUUAUUUCUAUCUUUAUAAGGUAGAAUAUGUGCUUUCCAAACGUUCAGAUAUUUUCUCUGCAGAGUUAAAAAAUAUAGUGGAAUAAUGCUUGCAAGCACCUGUAGCCUGCUUAGUAAAAUAUUUUUCCAAGCAAAUGAGAACCAAUGUCUGAAUAUCGAUUAUGUUUACCAUGU